AAAUAGUGUAAACUGAGAAAACAAAUUGUUAAAAUAAAUAAAUAAUAAGUGAAAAAGUAUUCAAAAAUGGUGUUAGCAGAUUUAGGAAGGAAAAUUACCUCGGCCUUGAGGUCGUUGAGUAAUGCGACCGUCAUCAAUGAAGAGGUUUUAAAUGCUAUGCUCAAAGAGAUAUGCGCCGCUUUAUUGGAAUCGGAUGUUAACAUCAGGUUGGUUAAGCAGCUGAGAGAAAAUGUCAAAUCAGUCAUUGAUUUCGAUGACAUGGCUGGUGGUUUGAACAAGCGUCGAAUGAUCCAGAGUGCUGUCUUCAAAGAGCUAAUCAAGUUGGUAGAUCCUGGAGUGAAGCCUUAUCAGCCAGUGAAAGGAAGACCAAAUGUGAUCAUGUUUGUUGGUCUGCAAGGUUCUGGUAAAACCACUACUUGCACAAAACUGGCAUAUCACUACAUGAAGAAAGGCUGGAAGUCUUGUCUAGUCUGUGCUGAUACUUUCCGUGCUGGUGCCUAUGAUCAGUUGAAACAGAAUGCCACUAAAGCCAGAAUCCCUUUUUAUGGAAGCUACACAGAAGUUGAUCCAGUGGUUAUUGCCCAGGAGGGUGUGGAUAUGUUCAAAGCUGAAAAUUUCGAAUUCAUCGUCGUGGAUACCAGCGGUCGACACAAACAGGAGGAUUCCCUCUUCGAGGAGAUGUUGCAAGUUUCAAAUGCAGUGAAACCGGAUAACAUCAUCUUCGUAAUGGACGCCUCCAUCGGUCAGGCCUGCGAGGCACAAGCCCGUGCCUUCAAGGAAAAAGUAGAUGUCGGUUCAGUUAUCAUCACAAAGUUGGACGGUCACGCUAAAGGUGGUGGUGCUCUUAGCGCUGUGGCGGCUACUCAGAGUCCUGUGAUCUUUAUCGGUACUGGAGAGCACAUUGAUGACCUCGAAUCCUUCAAAACCAAACCUUUUAUCAGUAAAUUGCUCGGACUGGGUGAUAUUGAAGGCCUCAUUGACAAGGUUAAUGAGCUCAAGUUAGACGACAAUGAAGAGCUCAUAGAGAAAAUUAAACAUGGCCAAUUCACUUUGCGCGACAUGUAUGAACAAUUCACCAACAUCAUGAAAAUGGGACCCUUUUCACAAAUCAUGGGAAUGAUACCUGGUUUCAGCCAAGAUUUCAUGACCAAAGGUGGUGAGCAAGAGUCGAUGGCCAGAUUGAAGAAACUAAUGACAAUCAUGGACAGCAUGAACGACUCGGAACUGGACCAUCAGGACGGGGCUAAACUUUUCAGCAAACAACCUACUCGGAUGGCGCGGGUAGCCAGAGGGUCGGGUGUGACUGAACGCGAAGUUAAAGAACUGAUUUCCCAGUACACAAAGUUCGCAGCCGUCGUCAAGAAGAUGGGCGGCAUUAAAGGUCUUUUCAAAGGAGGAGACAUGACCAAAAAUGUCAAUCCCACACAGAUGGCUAAAUUGAACCAGCAGAUGGCCCGCAUGAUGGACCCAUCCGUUCUCCAACGAAUGGGUGGUAUGGGAGGAUUGCAAAAUAUGAUGAGGCAACUUCAACAAGGAGCUGGUGGCCUAGGAAACCUUAUGGAUUGGUCAUUCUUUGCCGUAUUUGAUGGACAUUGCGGCUCUACUGUUUCGACUCAUUGUGCGGAUAAUUUGUUGCCUACCAUCAUUGAUACAGAUGACUUCAAAAAAAUUUCAGCAAAGAGUGCUGAUAGUGAUGAGGGAAACAACGAAAUUGAAAGUAUCAUUAGACGAGCAAUUCACGCGGGAUUCCUCAAGUUGGACGAGACUAUGAGACAAAUGCCGUGCGUGGCAAAUGGUGAAGAUAAGAGCGGAUCGACAGCAGUGUCAGCACUCAUAUCCCCUACACACUUUUACAUUGCUAAUUGUGGUGAUUCUCGAGCUGUUUUGUGUCGAAAUGGGUUGGCAGCCGUCUGCACGAUGGAUCACAAGCCGACAGUGGCCGCCGAGAAAAAGAGAAUACAAGAUGCUGGUGGUUCGGUCAUGAUUCACAGGGUUAACGGAUCGUUAGCAGUUUCAAGAGCCCUCGGCGACUUUGAAUACAAAAGUGUAGAAGGCAGAGGACCAACUGAGCAGUUGGUAUCGCCAGCUCCGGAAAUCUACGUCGAAACACGAAAACCGGAAGAAGAUCAGUUCCUCGUACUUGCUUGUGAUGGAAUCUGGGACGUGAUGACAAACGACGACUUAUGCCAAUUCAUUCGUCAUCAAUUAACCAUCACAGAUGAUUUGACCAAAGUCUGCUCUGCUGUCGUCGACCAUUGCCUCUUCAAAGGAAGCCGAGAUAACAUGAGCAUAGUAUUGAUUACUUUUCCAGCAGCGCCUAAACCUGUCCCAGAAGAUAUGGAACGCGAAAAAAAGUUCGAAGAACACAUUGAAAAAAGAACGAUUGAAAUUUUGAAUGAUGAUCCACAUGCUGAAGCCAGUCGUAUCCUGCAAAUUCUAAAUGAUGAAGAUAUCCCUGAUCAACCACAACUCAGCGUACUCGGCUCCAAACGGACCUUCAUCGAGUCGGUGAUUGCGAGUAAAAAUGAGUCGUCGGAUAAGGAAUGAACAUCUUUGCAGAGCUGCGAGAAACCGUGGCUACAACAACUGGGUUAAAAUUAGAUAGUCCUCUUACCCCUCCAUCUAUAGUAUACUGGUUAAUUUUUUUACGAACGUGGGUUUCAGGGGGUCAUAAUUGUAUGUUUCCAAGUAGUUAUAAAUAAACCCUGAACAACAUUAA